AUGCGUCCAGCAUUGAGACUCCUCGCAGGUGCAUCAUCAAGAGCCCCUGCUCGCACGGUUACCCGCCUCACACCUCAGCAGGCUGCGGCCGCAAGAGAGGCCGCCCGCUUGGCGACUCUUCGUAACCCUCCUUCACCAACACCUUCCACCACCGCACCGUCGACUGCUGCUGCUGCUGCUGCUGGGGACACCGACCAGCUGCCCCCCGGAUCACGCCCCGUAGCCACGCCCCGGCCGGGCGGACCUCAGACGGAUCGUCGCAAGAGCCUUGUGGACAGUUUUAGGAGCCUGUCUUGGAAGGGCAAAAUCUUUGUUGGCGUUCUUCUCGCCAGUACCGCCAUGCUCACCCAGGCCGUUGACUACUUGGUCCCCGAAGAGGACGCGGAACAGCCGUCCCGUGGUGUUGGCGUCGGCAUCACUGUUGUUGACCGCAAGUAG